UCUAGUCGGGUAAAAUAUUGCUCACAGCAGCAGCAGACGCUACUUGGCGACGGCUGGUGGAGGGAGGUGCGGCAGUUCGAUUCCAGAACCUACUGUUCAGUGCUAACACCAAACUUGGAUUCAUUUUGUGGAGGACCAAGAAGAAAACCCAAAUGUUGGCUUAAAUGGUAAAAGCCUGAUCUCAUCCUUUUUGUUCCGACCGUCCUGCCAAUUGAGAACACUUCCUGGCAUCUUGUUGAACAGCAAAUACACAAAGGAAAAGCUACUGCACUCCAGAGGCUUUAUUUGAACACCAGCUCAAACAUAUUUGAAGGGAUAUUGUCUCAAGGAGGUCUACAGCAAGGUGUUUCUUGAAUCAUACUCCUGUGUGGACUCGCUGUGACAUGGCAAAGAAAAACAGCCAGAAGGAUACGUCUGGUGUGGUGUUUGACACUCGGUCAAAAAUGGUCAUGUCCCAGGGGGGAACAGCUGAGAGGAUGAAGGAGAAGAUCAGUGCUGUCAGGGCAGUUGUUCCCAACAAAAGCAACAAUGAGAUCGUUCUGGUGUUGCAGCAUUUUGAGAACUGUGUUGACAAGGCCGUUCAAGCCUUCUUAGAAGGCAGUGCAGUCGAGAUACUGAAGGAGUGGAACGUUACUGGAAAAAAGAAGCCGAAGAAGAAAAAGAAGCCCAAGCCCCAGCCUGAGGUUUUAGCAGAACCUGCUACAGCUGAGGCUACUCCACCAGAGGAGAGCAAGGAAGAGCUGAACGGUUUUCAUGCCAAUGGGUCAGUAAUGGAUGGAGAGUCAUUAGAUUCUCUGAGCGAACAGUUGGACUCUGCUUCCCUGGAUGCAGCUGAGCUGGACUCUGAACCUGCUACAUCUGAAACCACCGGUGCAGAAGGAGAAAGUCAAGAUAGCACUCCAAGUCCUGCUUGUCAACAAGAAAUGAGAACUCUCCACCAACCCAGAGGCAAUAAGGACCGACACAGGCUGGGCUCAAAUUCACACCGUCAAACGUCUUUAGCUCUCGGCACUGAAGAGAGACCGCAUGGAUCAUUGGGAAUUAAAAAGAUGGCUUCAAACAUUGACCGUUCUGUGAAGGAUCUGCAGAGGUGCACUGCCUCGCUGUCUCGUUACAGGAUGGUGGUCAAAGAGGAGAUGGACUCCUCAAUCAAGACGAUGAAGCAGACAUUUGCUGAGCUUCAGAGCUGUUUGAUGGACAGAGAAGUGACUCUUCUGGGAGAAAUGGACAAAGUGAAGGCAGAGGCCAUGGUAAUUUUAGAUACCCGUCAGAAACGAGCAGAGGAACUCAGACGGCUGACAGACAAGUCAGCAUCCAUGUCUGAGGAGCAGUUGUCUGAACUGCGUGCAGACAUCAAGCACUUUGUGAGUGAACGUAAAUAUGAUGAGGACCUCGGGAAAGCUUUAAGGUUUACAUUUGAUCUUGAACCUCUGAAGACGAGCAUCUCAGGGUUUGGAUCAGUUUACCAUCCGCGGACAGGCUACUCAAAUCGCUCCCGUUGUAGCUCCACAUCGUCUUCUGUCGCUAGCCCGAGCCUGCUGGAAAACCCUCCACCCAGCCAGCCCCAAACCACCGCCAGUGAAAACCGCCCUCCUCCCACCAAACAGAUUUUCCAAGGCAACCGGCGUACUUUCCAAGGACAAGGUUAUUACUCAAGUGGUCAGCGGUAUAAUGGCGGUUCCUACCAUGACAGAAACGCUGGCCGAGCUAAUUACCGUAACCAGAGUGAUGGUGGUUCCUCUGGUCCAAAAUCGCACAACUCCGGCAGUGUGCGUAAUCCCGCCCACUCUUCCACGUCAUCCUACAACCAAGACCGACAGUCUCAUAACGGGCUGCCCCAAAGGCCUCCGCGGACGCAGUGCCCUUGACAGUGGAAUGCAUUUGCUUAAUCAAGCCCGUUUAUUAACCCUCGCACUCCCGCUACCCUUCCCUGCACCCUUGCCCCUCCCCCCUUACUAACUCCUUCAAUGAAGAAUAGAAUACAAGUUUACAUAGUUUCAUUAGUCAGGCUCUGCCACCUCUGCAUUAGUCCGUUCAUCCUCUAAACUUGAAAUGCUUUCUUUUCUCUAAUUUCUUCUUGAAUGGGCUCUUCAGAGACAUUUGUUCUGAUUUGCUUUAAGGUUGUGGCUACCCCCUUUCAGAGAUCUCAUUCUGUACUGUUUGAUCUCUGGUCAGUGUUUUUCUUUUUUCUCUCCCUCUCUCUCUCUCUCUUCUCAAACUGCUUCUGAAAAACCACUUAAGCAGCCUGGUGUAAAAUUGUUCAGAAAUGAGCACCAUCACCUGCCACAACUCUUGCACUAUUGAAUUUGAUCUGUUUGUGGUCGUUUUUUUUUUUCUUUUUCUUUCUUUUCUUUCUGCUGCAGCUUAGUUGAGAUUUUCACCUAUUAUUAUUAUUAUUAUUAUUAUUUUGGUGUCCCUAAACCAUUUCACUGCCUUCACUGUGUAAAGCACAGUGAAAGUGCAACAGUAGAUCUAACAUUAACAGUUUUUUUUUUCCUCCUGUGUGUCAUGAAGAGACUACACAUGCAAUCAACACAACACUACACUCUCCUUAAUAUUUGCAAAGUAAAUGUAAAACAUAUCAAACUGUAAUUCAGAUUUUUGUAUGGCUGCUACAAACUAAGGAACUGGUUGAUGCUUAGAUGUGGCUGCAUUUGAGAGUAACUGUGACAUUCACAUUGACAAAUGGGGUUAGUGUGUGCAGUUUAAUUUUUGGCUUACUGUCAGUUAUUGUGUAAGUAAGAGGGCUCAUUACCUUUUGUAGAAUAUUGUUAAAUGGUGUCAAAUAUUAAGGCCCACACGAAAAAGGAAAUGCUAUCCACGUGCUGUUUCAUAAGUCUGGACAUCUAGAUAAAUGUGUUUUUCCUCAUGCACGGUUUGCUAUUUUGUUGUAUGUGCACAAGCUUGCCUUUGGUCAGACUUCACGUUUGCCUUUUCAGAAACACAGAUGUCCGCUUCAUGACGGCUUUCUAAGCAUGUGGUACUUAUAGCGCAGACACGUGCUUUAUACACAUUAGCAAAAAUAAGGUGCGAGAUGUUCCCCUUUUUCUUUAUAAUCUCGUCUGUGAAAGUAACGAUCAAAGUGACAGCUGCGUUGUCACGGUUGAUUUCAGAUGUUUUUUUUCAGCAGACUGACAGGCUGCUGUCGGGGUUGCGUCUCUGUCGAGUCCACAGUAUGUGAACAAAACACAGGCGAGUACCUCAUUGCUGUUCCUUUGACGUGGCCUCUUUGUGACCAGUCGGUUCUAGACUCCUUGGUGAGUUGUCUUCUGUAGUUAUGUAUAUACGUGGAGCUGUGAGGCUAUCAUGUAAAAACAGUCAUGACAUUAUUGCUGCAUCUUCAUAGCGUGUUGUCCUUUCUCAAGUAGACUAUUAGGGGAGGAAAUCUUUUUUUUUUCUUCUUCUUCUCCAUUUUCUGCCCCUUUUGUGUCCCAUCAUGUAGAAAAUGAUAGUUUGAGACCUGAAAGCUUUUUUUUUUUUUUUUUUUUUAGUAAUUUUCCCCACACAGUUUGUGGAUAUUCUGGAAAAUGGAAGAUGUAAUAUGUAGUAAAUCUAUGCUGUAGAUCAGAUGUAGGUCAGGUAAUUUGGUUAUCUCUUGACUUACAGAGGUGGUACGCUGUAAUAAUAAUAAUCUUUUUAUUGACUAGUCAUUGAGGAAGUUGUGCAGAAUUUUGUCACCUCUUUCUCUGUGGUGUAUUUGAUGGGUGUCGUUAGCUACAGGCCACAAAAAUAGUCACACACCUCAGCUUUUAGAGGCGCUUGUGUGAUCAAGACUUAAGUAGCGUUUUGCUAUUUAACCCGCCAACAUUCCAUAUGGUAGGAAUAUUCAGUUAUCGCCAAAGAAAUUAUUUUUGUCCUGUUUUAAGGUUGCUCUCCCCCCCCCCCCCCCUCCUUUUUUCCCCCCCUAUCUUUCCUCUGCCUGUAAAGAAUUCCAAAGGGAAUAAGUUCACACUUGCGCAUUCUCCUUCUUGCUUCGCUUUAUUUUCUGGUUCCUACUGUGUAUGCAUGUCUGUAGUUAUGUAAUUUUGUGCUCACUUGGGGCAUUUUGGAAGUGAUAUUCAUGUUAGGCGUACUUAUUCUUUAAAGGUUAGAACUUUUAGUUCACUCAUUCUUCCAGUAGACUUUGUGUCCUUGAGACGACUGUAAACUCAAGUGCCUUCUCUCGUGUCCCUCUGAGUUAUUGACAUCUUUCCACCAGACUAUGGACCAAAGACAUUGACCGUCCUGCAUAGCCCCGCCCCGUUUUUCCUCCCACUCACUGAAUGGCACACUUCAUUUACUAUGAAUAAAAAAAAAAAAAAAAAAAAAUCCAUUUUGCAAGAGUGA